GAAGGGCACGCGCGAGAGCGUCCCAGUUUUACAGCGAGAUCCAGCCGAGACCGAAAUCAGACGUCGCUCCGGCUCGCCCGCUCAGCGCGAUGGAGCGCCUGCCUCCCGCCACGGACUGCGGCGUCCUCUCGGCUCGGGCGGCGCGCGGCCCUUGACCAGAAGGGGUGGGUCGGUUUCGCUUUGGGUUGGCAAGGCCGGACCGGGAGGGGGGAAGAGCGAGGCUCGCUCGCGCCCCUCCCCAAGAGCGCCGGGAGGGAUCCGGACUUCCGAGGGUCCCCAGCGCGUCCCGGAGUCUCUGUGUUGGAGCUUCUUUCUGGGGUUCGGAAAGCCGGGGGGUCAGAAGUUGCGGAGGGGGGAUCUCCUUCCGUGAGCCCCCCCUCUCCCCCUCCCGUCUCUGAAGGCUACAAGAUCCUCUUGGGCUGCUGUUGCAAAGGACAGAUUUUUAAAGGCGUCCUUGUGGGUUGUUUGUAUUUGUCGUGUUUUUUUUUUAAAGCGGGGGAGUUCUUAUUGGGGGGGGGAGAGCAACCAACCAGGACUUACCGGUGCUCGGAAACCUCCCGAAGAACUCGGAUCCGUGGGCCGUUUUUGUGCUUUCUGGGUCUCUUCUUUCUUAGCUUCGUGUGUGUGUGUUUCUGUGUGUUUUUCUUCCGCCGACCUUCCGUUCCGGAAGAAACCCCCGAAGCCGCUUUGCUUGGGAAGAACUUGGGGCUUGAAAUUGACUAAGCCGGCGAGCCGGGAGCAGAGCGAGGUGAAAUUGACUAGCCGCCGCCGGAGAUUGUUCCCGGGAGGUGUGUGCCGGGUGGGGGGGUGGAACUGAAACUGACAAGCAAGCAACCGCCUCCCCCCUCAACUCCCAACCCCUCCCUCGCCGGAGGGAACGCGCUCUCCUCCUGGAUUUGUGGAUGUACUAAUGAGAGAUCCAGCGUUCCCGGGGACUGCCAUGGCGUACCACCCGUUCCACGCGCCCAGACCGUCAGAUUUCCCCAUGUCUGCCUUCCUGGCCGCCGCUCAGCCCUCUUUCUUCCCGGCUUUGGCUCUGCCCCCGGCCGCUCUGACAAAACCUUUGACGGAUCCCAGCCUGGCCGGGGCCGCAGAAGCCAGCCUGCAUGUCUCGGCCCUGGGACACCACCACCAGGCCGCCCAUCUGCGGUCGCUGAAAAGCUUGGAGCCCGAGGAAGAGGUGGAGGACGACCCCAAAGUGACCCUAGAAGCCAAGGAGCUUUGGGAUCAGUUUCACAAGCUGGGGACCGAGAUGGUGAUCACCAAAUCGGGAAGGCGAAUGUUCCCCCCUUUCAAAGUGCGCGUGAGCGGCCUGGAUAAGAAAGCCAAAUACAUUUUGCUGAUGGACAUCGUGGCCGCCGACGACUGUCGCUACAAGUUCCACAACUCGCGCUGGAUGGUGGCGGGCAAGGCCGACCCGGAGAUGCCCAAGCGGAUGUACAUCCACCCGGACAGCCCGGCCACCGGCGAGCAGUGGAUGGCCAAGCCCGUCGCUUUCCACAAGCUCAAGCUGACCAACAACAUCUCGGAUAAGCACGGCUUCACAAUCCUGAAUUCGAUGCACAAAUACCAGCCUCGAUUCCACAUAGUCCGGGCCAAUGACAUUCUCAAGUUACCCUACAGCACCUUUCGGACGUACGUGUUUCCUGAAACCGAUUUCAUCGCCGUGACUGCCUACCAAAACGACAAGAUCACCCAGCUGAAGAUCGACAACAACCCCUUCGCGAAAGGAUUCCGAGACACCGGGAAUGGCAGGCGAGAAAAAAGGAAACAGCUGACGCUCCCCUCGCUGCGGAUGUACGAGGACCAGUGCAAGCCCGACCGAGACGGAGGCGAGUCCGACGCGUCUUCGUGCGAGCCGGCCCCGGCCCGCGACCCGCUCCACUCCCCGCUGAGCACGGCCCCCAGCCCCCUCAGGCUGCACCGCCACAGCAGAGAAGACAAAGGCAGUGAUCACGAGUCGGAAAAACUCCUGGAAGGAAAGAGACCCAGUCCGGACCUGGAAAACCGCAGUCCACGCAGCAGCAGCAGCCCUGAGAGGAGUCGAGUCGGCAAAGCCAGUGAGAUCUCUUUGCCCAAAGAAGGCCUCGCCGAAGGGGCCCUGCUGAGCCCUCUGGGCCUGGAGAAAGACAAAGUGGAGGGGCGAAGGAAAGAGCCGCUGCCACCACCACCCCUGCAGGAAGGCUCCAAGAAAGAGGCCCACGGGGACUGUGCUCCCCUGGGGGGCAGCAAGGAGUCCUUUGCCCCCCUGAUGGUUCAGACGGACAGUCCUCCGCACCUGAGCGCGGGGCACCUGCAAAGCUUGGCUCUCUCGGGCCUCCACGGGCAACAGUUCUUUAACCCCCUAAGCGCCGGGCAGCCCUUUUUCAUCCACCCGGGACAAUUUGCCAUGGCUCCGGGGGCCUUCUCUGCGAUGGGCAUGGGACACUUGCUGGCAUCCGUGGCAGGCGGAGGGACCUUGGAGAAUGGAGGCCUGGCGGCCACGCAAGCAGCAGCUGGUACAGCAACCCCCUUCCCUUUCCACCUCUCCCAGCACAUGUUGGCUUCUCAGGGAAUCCCGGUGCCUACCUUUGGAGGACUUUUUCCUUACCCGUACACCUAUAUGGCAGCGGCGGCUGCAGCUGCCUCUGCCAUCCCGGCCACCAGUGCGGCCACGGCCAGCUCCUUAUCCCGGAACCCCUUUCUGAGCAACGCCCGUCCCCGCCUGCGUUUCAGUCCCUAUCAGAUCCCGGUUGCCAUCCCACCCAGCACCAACCUCUUAACCACUGGUCUGCCUACCAGCUUGAAUGCCGGCUCGGAAGGGUCCAAGCCCGGGAGCAGUAGGGAAUCGAGUCCCCUUUCGGAUCUGCCCGUGCACAAAUCCAGCAGCCAACGGGUCUCUUUGUCCCCCAAAGGGUCCCUGAAGGAUUCCAUCAAUGAGCUGCAGAACAUCCAGAGACUGGUCAGUGGUUUAGAAACCCAGAGGGAGGUCUCCCCAGGGAGGGAAUCCCCGAAGUGAUGGCCUCUGGAGGCACCCGGCUCAAAAGGGCUGAGACAGAACAGGGGACAGAGGUGUACAGCACAGUAUAAAUAUUUAUUUUAAACAAAGGAGGUGGGGCAAUUGAUACUGUCCGGGGGGGGGGGAGAACGAAGGACAAUCAGAGGUAACCCCUAUGGAGACAGCCAGAUGGAUCAAUAGCUGGAAGAGGUACAGUUCAGUCCAGUGUAUCGCGAGGCCGAAGAAGUACGGGAGAACUACUGCUGCAUUCUGGAGAUGGUCCCUCCAUAAACUCCCCAAAACACACGUCUCCUGGUCCCGGUUCUGGUGGAAGACACAGAGACUGCUCUUCCCUUCUCUCCGGUCAGCCUAAAAUCUACACUUCGAAUGGCCGAACGGGGAUCUCAAGUCCACAGUGUAAAUAACCAGCUGCCGGACAUGGGGGUGACCUAGAAUAUCAUCAUGGAAGAAAAUGACCCACAUUGUCUAAUUCUAACUUUUUCCAAAAAAAAAAAAAGGAAGAAAGAAAGAAAGAAAGAAAGAAAGCAACACUGUCAGAGAGGCAUUUUGCUAUUUUCUAUGUCAACGGAUGGAUUUUUCUGAAACUAGGAUUUUGUUGUCAUUGUAAAAACAAGGACAGUUGGAAGGGGAAUGCCGUGAACUCUGGCUGUGGGACAGUCCCUAAUAUGACAGCAAAAUCUGUAGAGAUGAUGCCCACGUACCCACCACUCUUGGAAGGCCAUAAGAAAAAUUCAGAAUUGGUACAAUUAGUGUAAUGACCCCCCCUUUUUUUCUUCUCAUUUUGGACCCUCUCUGUGUACCAGAAAAGAAACACACACAUAAUAUUUAUGGAAUAAAUGGUAAUUUUGUGUAAAUAAGCUAUACAGAUCCCCAAAUAUGCAAAAAUUGGUAUUAAUUUAUUCAGAGUUGUACAUUGGAAUGUACAUAAUUAGAGUUUAACUCAUCACAUUUAAUUGUUCUCUCUUUUUCUUCUCAAUUUUAUGUGAGCAUACAUAUUGUAAAUGAAGACCUAUUUAGCUCUUUGUGAAUGGAAAAAAGAUAUUGGUUUUCUUUUAUGUCUGAAGAAAAAGAUUGUUUACCCCGCCUGUCUGAAGACUAUCACGUGUGCCAUUGACAAUGUUUUUAGGUCAUGAGGAAAAGGAAGAAGUUGGAAUAAUUUUAAAGGAUUUCUACAAGGACUAUAAUCUCCCCUCCCUCCCCAUAUAUCAAAAUCAGAAUUUAACAUUGAACACAAAUAUCUUUUACAGUGCGGGGUAUACAAAGAUUGCAGGAAUUAAACCUCAGGAUUUUAUUUUUCACUCCAGAACAACAAGAAAAGAAAAAAAGUCCCCAACCCUUAAAACUAUACUAAGAUUUAAAAUAUCACAUGGAUGGUGUGCUAUAUACUUGUUUUAAUUUUUUAAAAUGACUAGAAAUGUGCUGGUUAU